AUGUCCAGGCCGGUACUCAGCAGGACGGCCCGGGUCCUGUUGCUGCAGAGAACAGAGGCCAGAGAGAGGGAGGUGAUUGGCUGUUCCCCCGACAGGCUUCUGUCUGAGAGGGCUCGAGGUAACAUGUACCUGGAGGAGGACUAUAUGGACUGCAGCCAUGAGUAUGGCUCCCCCGCUGUCUCUGCGGCCCCGACAUACCACCCCAGCAGCCUGGACUUUCAGACGGACCCCUCCGACAGCCUGGGAUACAGCUCGGAUGCCAGCAUGCAGUCCCUGAACACCGUGUCCUCCAGUUCCCUGGUCUACAUACCCAACAGCCCGCAGCUCUCCUCCUUCAUCCAUCAUCAUCCUCCCAACCAGCAGGGGCACUGCCUCAUGGGAGGCGAGCAGAGCAGCUACCGGCUGUGGGAAGGCACCCCUUCGUCGGUCAGCAGGUCCAACACGGCAAGCAGUCGGCAGUGUGUGCAGAACAAGCUCUCUGCCGACACCCCCCAGCCAAAGGGGGCACUAGAUCCCCUGCCAGAGACACGCUACUGUGCUGUGUGCAGUGAUUACGCCUCAGGAUACCACUAUGGAGUCUGGUCCUGUGAGGGCUGCAAAGCCUUCUUCAAAAGAAGCCUUCAAGGUCACAACGACUACAUGUGCCCCGCGACCAACCAGUGCACCAUUGACCGGAACCGCAGGAAGAACUGUCAGGCAUGCCGCCUGAGAAAGUGCUGCGAGGUCGGCAUGAUGAAAGGUGGCGGGCUUUGCAAGGUGCGGCAAGGGAGGAGGCAGCUACGGCAGAAAUGCCUGGACGUGGGGCACCCCAGUCCGUGCUGCUACAAACCGAACUCCCAGCAAAGAGUGGCCCCGCCCCUCCCAUCAGAGGCUCCGCCCCAACGAAGACCUGAUAGGCAGAAGCACAGCCUGCGCAUGCCUGCAGAGCAGUUCCUCCUGCUGCUCCUGCAUGCCGAGCCUCCUCCCCUGAGCACCAGGCAGAAGCACAGCCCCCCGUACACGGACGUUGCCAUGAUGACGCUGCUCACCAACCUGGCCGACAAGGAGCUGGUGCACAUGAUUGCAUGGGCCAAGAAAUUACCUGGGUUCCUGGACCUCUCGAUCCAUGACCAGGUCCAGCUGCUGGAGAGCUCCUGGCUGGAGGUGCUGAUGAUCGGAAUCAUCUGGCGCUCUGUCCCCUCUCCCGGGAAGCUCAUUUUCGCUCAGGAUCUCAUCCUAGACAGGAGCGAAGGGGGUUGUGUGGAGGGGAUGACGGAGAUCUUCGACAUGCUCCUCGCUAUGGUCUCCCGAUUCCGCUCCCUUCAGCUGAAGACGGAGGAGUUCAUCUGUCUGAAAGCCAUCAUUCUGUUUAACUCGAGCACCUUCUCGUACCUCUCCAGCUCUGUGGAGAGCCUCCACGACGGCUCUGCGGUCCAGUAUGUGCUGGACAAGAUCGUGGACACGCUGAUUUAUUGCAUCAGCAAGUCAGGUCCUCCGGAUCAGCACCAGGCCCGGAGACAGGCGCGGCUCCUCCUUCUCCUCUCCCACAUUCGCCACAUAAGCAACAAGGGCAUGGAGCAUCUGCACAAUGCGAAACGUAAGAACAUGGUGCCCCUGUAUGACCUGCUGCUGGAAAUGCUGGAUGCCCACAGGCUUCGUUCCCCAGGUAGGGCUGAGCCGACCAGGGUGCCCCCGGACGCAACCCCCGUGUCCCUGCCCCUCCAGAGCAGCCUCAAUGUGCCGUCAUAAGCGAUUUAUCACUGCUCAUCCAACCAGCUGUGCAGGUUGUACCACACUGCAUGUAUAAAAGGGUGGACUGUCUGCUUCGCUGGUUAUCGGAGGCAUUUCUCCUGCGAGUUCAUGCAUCUUUGAAUGUGUAAUGACUUAUCGGGAGUUGCUGAAUGCCUUUGAAAUCUCUGCAGACCUGAUAGAUGAACUGAGUAGCACUUUUUUUGCACUUCAGAAGACUUGCAAACAAGCCUAACAAUGAUGACGGAGCUGCCAUCUUACUGGUUUUAGUGUCAUAAGGGUUAAUUUCUUCUCUCAUAAGCAAUAAUCCCUAAAAUUGAAAGAGGCAAAAAUGUGGAGAUUUAAAGAACACAGCUGAGCAACGUGCAUUAUAGAGUAAUUUUCUGCCUGUAUGUUAAAGAUUUGUUGUGCCAAGUCUUAAACAAAAGUUUUUCACUGACAUUGUAAAGUUUACCAGAGCAAAUAAAAACUACAUCUCUGUAUGGUUUGCUGAUAAAGUUCGCCUUUUUGUGCUGUCAUAUAUCACAAACUAGAUCGCUUUUUAAAUUUAUGCCUGUGAUGCUGCCCCUUGUCCGUAGUUGGUGUCUUAAGAAAAAAUGAGCAGAAUUAUGGUUUUGGAGUGAAACUGAGCAAAUAAAAUAAUCUGUCACAUUUUCUUGCUUCCAAAUCUGCAAAUUGGUAAGUCUGUUCAAAUGUCUCUUAUGUGCAGUUUUAGGUUUUAACAUUUGGUGAUUUUUAAGUGUACAGUACUCAACGUAUUAAAGUUAAACAUUGCA